AUGUCCAAGUACAAGCACCCCGUCGCAGAGGCCAGCGACUCGAGUCCCUUCGGCUCCCUCACUCCGGAUGAAUUCUACGCCCACCACGCCGUGAACCACGGAUCCGACUACAUCACCAGCAGCGGCAAGCAAAGCCUCAAGCUCUUCACCCAGUGGUGGGCCCCGCGGGACCAGUCCGCGCCCCUCAGGGGCAUCGUCUGUGUGGUCCACGGCUUCACCGGUGAGUCCAGCUGGCUCAUCCAGCUCACAGCCGUGCACGUGGCUAAGCACGGCUUCGCGGUCUGCGCCAUCGACCAUAUAGGCCACGGCUACUCGGAGGGCCUCGUCGCCCACGUGCCGGACAUCAGUCUCGUCGUUGACGACUGCAUCUCCUUCUUCAAUAGCUUCCGGGCGAGGUACGCGGUGGAUCUGCCGGCGUUCCUGUACGCGGAGUCACUGGGCGGGGCGAUCGCGCUGCUAAUCACGCUCCGGCGCGAGGGGAUUCUGCCGGAAAGGAGAAAUACUGUGGACAUCUUCUUCAUGGGAACAAUGCUAAUGCUUAUGAGAAGUUCGCUAGUGAAGAAAUUUCGGGUGAGUGAUUGGAAAGUGAAUUAG